AUGGGUGGGCGUCAGGUGAAACGUCUUGCGAUCUUGCUGUCCGGGCGCGGCUCCAACUUCGAGGCCAUCGCCGACAGUGUCCAGGAGGGCCGUUUGCCGGCCCGCGUCGAGUUGGUGGUCAGCAACCUGGCCUCGGCCGCCGGACUGGAAAAAGCACGGCGGCGGGGUUUGAAAACGGUCGUCAUCCCCUCCGCAGGGGUGUGGCUCGGGAGGACUAUGACCGGCGCCUGGUCGAGGAGUUGUAAGCGGCACCGGGUGGAGCUGGUUUGCCUGGCCGGGUUCAUGCGGAUCCUCAGUCCCUUCUUCGUCCGGUCCUUUCCCAACCGAAUCCUGAACAUCCAUCCCUCCCUGCUGCCGGUCUUUCCCGGACUGCAUCCCCAGCGUCAGGCGCUGGAGUCCGGGGUCCGCUUCUCGGGCUGCACCGUCCACUUCGUGGAUGAAGGGGUGGAUUCGGGUCCCAUUCUGCUGCAGGCCGUGGUGCCGGUACUGGAGUCCGAUGACGAAGAGUCCCUGGCCCAGAGGAUCCUGGUGGAAGAGCAUCGGCUCUAUCCCCGGGCGAUCGGCAUGGUGGUCGGGAUGAAGUGCGCCUGGAAGGCCGACGGGUGGUCCGCGGAGGGGAAUGGCUUAACCGUGACUGUUGAGGAACAACUGACCUUCCUGCAACAGGGAGUCGCCGAGCUGAUUCGACCGGAGGAGCUUCGAGCCCGGCUGGUUGGCUCGGCUGAAACCGGAAGGCCAUUGCGGAUCAAGGCCGGUUUCGAUCCGACGGCGCCGGACCUGCAUCUGGGCCAUACGGUGAUGCUGCGCAGCAUGAGGCGUUUUCAGGACCUGGGCCACACGGUCAUCUUCCUGAUCGGCGACUUCACCGGUUUGAUCGGGGACCCCUCCGGGCGUAGCGCCACCCGCAAGCCUUUGAGCCGGGAGGAGGUGGCGGAGAAUGCCGAGACCUACAAGCAGCAAGUGUUCAAGAUCCUGGAUCCGGAAAACACCAUCAUCGACUUCAACAGCCGUUGGAUGACGCUCUUCAGCAGCGAGCAGUUUCUCAAGUUGGCCUCCCGCUACACCGUGGCCCGCAUGCUGGAGAGAGACGACUUCAGCAAGCGCUUGAAGAAGUCACAGCCUGUCGCCAUUCACGAGCUCAUUUAUCCCCUGGUUCAAGGGUACGAUUCGGUGGUGUUGCAGGCCGACGUGGAAAUGGGCGGCACCGAUCAAAAAUUCAAUCUGCUGGUGGGGCGGGAACUGCAGAGGGAAUAUGGACAGGAACCCCAAGUGCUGCUGAUGCUGCCGCUGCUGGAGGGAUUGGACGGGGUGCAGAAGAUGUCCAAGUCCUUGGGAAACGCCAUUGGGAUCCAGGAACCGGCUUCGGAGAUCUUCGGGAAGGUCAUGUCGAUUUCGGAUGCCCUCAUGUAUCGCUACUACGAGCUCUGUACCGACCUGAGCUCGUACGAGAUCGACCGAAUCCGAAAACAGGUGGCAGAAGGCAGCCUGCAUCCCAAGGCUGCCAAGGUGGACCUGGCCAAAAGCAUCGUGCGGGAGUUUCAUUCGCGCCAGGCCGCCGACCGGGCCGAGGAAGAGUUCCAUCGCAUCCAUUCUCAGAGGCUGGUCCCCGAUCGGAUGGAGGAGAAAAGGCUGCCGGUUUCUACGGAGCGGCUACGGCUUUCGAAAGUGAUGGUACGGGUGGGGCUGGCCCCCUCGGUGGGCCAGGCCGUUCGUUUGAUCACCCAGGAUGCGGUAUCCCUGAACCAUCAGAAGGUCACCGACGUCAAGGCGGAGAUGGAUUGUUCCCGACCCUCCUCCUCUGUCCUGAAGGUGGGGAAGCGCGGCUUCGUGAAGGUGAUUGUCGGGUGA